AUGGAUGAAGAAUAUCGUGUUUAUACAAGAAUCGAAGAUAUCACAGAGCAGGACGACAAAAACCUGGCAGGAGCAAAAAAGGAAAUUAGAAAUGAUCUAACAGUUAUAAUCCCCGAAAAUCCUUUCCCAGAUAUAGAAGUCGACGCCUAUCCACCCCUGAAGUUUUCAUGGGUUAUCCCAAAAAAACUAGCAGCUAUGGCCUUCCCUAGAAAUAAGGAGAAUUUGAAAUUCUUGGUAAAUCAAGGAAUUACGCAUCUGGUAACACUAACAGCUGGUAAAAAGCCUCCCGUGGACGAUGUAGCCAGAUUAAGGUGGUCAGAAGUACCCGUAGAAGAAUUUACGCCGCCGUCUUUAGAUCAAAUAAAAAAAUUCAUUGAUAUAUGUAAAAAGUCUGAUAAAAACGGAGAGGUCAUGGGCGUCCACUGUCGGCAAGGCCGGAGUCGAUCUGGCGUAAUGUUGGCAUGCUACCUCAUACACUUUCACAGGUUUGAGCCAGACCAGGCCAUGAACGUCAUCAGGAUGAUCAGACCAGGGUCAAUAGACUCCGAAGAGCAGGAGGAAGCAGUCGGAAGGUACUUCGAAUACCUCACAGAGGACAAUCCUCUGAAAUUCGGGGUGAGCAGUGAAGUAUUGGAGGAGUUUAUUCAAACAGCCCGGGACAGCACCAAGGCGCUGCUCAGUUAG